AUGUCUGUGCUACCGAUGUGUCUCUUGGCAACAUUUUUAUCGCUCUUGGGCACUUUUGUCCAGUCAGCGGAUGGCCUACGAGUCCUUUCCCUAACAAACGGCACCAGCGAUGUACAAUCAAAGGUGGAUGCCAUUAGAGUCAAGACUUUAGAACUGAACGAGCUCCUUUCGUCUGUGCAAAAAAGUCUUGAUUCUUGCCUUGAUGCAACGACAACAGAGAUCCAGUGCGCGUCUGGCUUUGAGAAGUUCCAACGCUCGUGCUACAAGUUUGUGAGAGAGGAGAAGACGUGGCAGCAGGCACAAAAUGACUGUCGUACCAUGGGGGCGAACCUGGUGUCCAUCAAGUCUUGGGAAGAACAGAAGUUCAUCCUGGACCACAUUGCCGCACACAAAGAUCUGUUCCCAAGUGCUCACGGGUUUCACGCUGGAGCAACAGACGCGGCAAUGGAAGGGAUAUGGCAAUGGGUUUCUGACGGAUCUUUGGUCCAAGGAUACUUAGGCUGGGACUUCUUUCAACGUUGGUAUCAGGAUGGUGGCACAAACCAGAACUGUCUGUUGCUGUAUGCUCCCCGCAAAUAUCUGUGGCAUGACGAGCCCUGCAGCUAUGAGGCACAUUCUAUUUGUGAAAUUGAAAAUUAAGCCCCUUGCCGUAUUAACAGUUUG